GGAAAAAAACUGACGGCCUCGUCUGGGGGUGCCCAGAUUUUGCAACCCCAGAGUUUGCCACCACCACGGCCUCCUCCGUGUUUUUAAUUCCUUCCACCCUCGUGGUCCCCUCCAGCGAUGUUUUCACUGGACGCCAAGUGGGCCGGGGAAUAACUUUUUCAAAAUGCUGAGCCUGAAUUCAGAAAAGAAAAGGUUUUUUUUUUCUUCUUUUCCUUGUUCUCUAGUGCCAGAGAAAGACUGGACGGAGCUGGCAUGAUUUCCAGAGAAACUGUCCUGGAAACGCCGAUGAAUUCCUAACUGGAAAUCCUCGUUUUUUGCCUUUGCGAGGGGCUCCUUCUCCGCCAUGACGUUUGCUGAGCUUCUGGAGCAGAUUGGAGGGAUGGGCCGCUUCCAGAUCCUCCAGAUCACUCUGCUGGUGACCCCGAUUUUAUUAACAGCCAGCCAUAAUCUGCUCCAGAAUUUUUCAGCCGGGAUACCCGAUCACCAUUGCCGGAUCAGGCUAGCACCCAACGGCACGUAUGCCCAUAUCAACUGGACUCAAAUGUCAACCGGUGGGGAAGAGGUCUGGGGGGUUCCCAAAGAUGCCAGCGGGCAACCUGAAAAAUGCCUCCGCUUUGUGGCCACUGAGUGGCCUCCACUGAACGCCAGCGCCGACACUGGGGGCAACGGCACGGGCUUGGCGACCGAACCGUGCCUGGACGGAUGGGUUUACGACCGAAGCAUUUUCACCAACACCAUCAUCAUGGAGUGGGACCUUGUUUGCAACCAGAAGACUCGGAGACAGAUGGCCCAGUCCAUUUACAUGGGAGGCGUUCUUGCUGGCGCUCUUAUAUUGGGGAGCUUAGCAGACAGGUUCGGCCGCAAAGCAAUCUUAACUUGGUCCUACCUCCAGCUGGCGAUCUCGGGGGUGUGCACGGCUUUUGCGCCCAAUUUCGCAGCCUACUGUGCCUUUCGGUUCCUGGUUGGCAUGGCGCUCUCUGGCAUUGUCCUCAACUGCAUGUCUUUAGUCCUGGAGUGGGUGCCCACCAACAUCCGAACCAUCGCUGGCACCCUGGUGGGGUAUUCUGCCACCUUUGGGCAAAUCAUUCUUCCGGGCCUGGCUUAUGCGCUUCCAGACUGGCGCCAGCUGCAAUUCACGGCCUCCAUGCCGUUCUUUGCCUUCUUCAUCUACUCGUGGUGGUUUGCAGAAUCGGCCCGGUGGCUGGUGCUGUCUGGCAAAGUGGAGCGGGCGGUCGAUGUGCUGAAGAAGGUGGCUCAGCUGAACGGGAAGAAAGACGAAGGAGAGAAGCUCAACACUGAGGUCUUGAAAUCCAGCAUGCAGAAGGAAAUGACUUUGGCUCAGUCAUCUUACACUCUCGCCUCCUUGGGCCGGACCCCGACGGUGCGCCGGAUCUCCUGCUGCAUUUCCAGCGUGUGGUUUGCAACCAGUUUCGCUUACUACGGCCUGGCGAUGGACCUUCAACAUUUUGGCUUCAGCAUCUACCUGAUCCAGGUGGCCUUCGGUACCAUCGACAUCCCUGCCAAGCUGGGGUCGGCCAUCGGCAUGAGUUACGUCGGAAGGAGAACCACGCAAGCUUCGUCUGUCAUUUUGGCCGGGCUGGCAAUUCUGGUCAAUAUCUUGGUGCCCUCAGAUUUACGGACUCUGAGAACAUUUUUGGCAGUGCUCGGCAAAGGGUGUCUGGCGUCUUCUUUCAACUGCUUGUACCUUUACACCGGAGAACUGUACCCUACGGUGAUCAGACAAACAGGGAUGGGGCUCGGAAGCACCCUGGCCCGCGUGGGUGGCAUUGUGGCACCCAUGAUCAAGAUGACGGGCGAAUACUGUUCGUAUCUACCGUCGCUCAUCUACGGCACGGCCCCCAUCCUCUCUGGCAUUGCCGCCAUCUUCCUGCCCGAGACCCUCAACGUGCCCCUUCCUGAUACUAUAGACGAAGUGGAAGGGAGAAUAACGCCGGAGCAACAGUGCCUUUCCGCUCAGAGCCAAGAACCAGUUUUGCUCCAGAAAUUGGAUCAAGGGAGAAUGCUGGAUGGUGGAAUUUGCUAAAAUGGGGGAAACGAGGAACAGGAAAUCACUGCAGCUUCGUUAAACAACUUUAAUUAUCUUUUUUUUCCCCUUUAGGCUGGAGGUGGGAUUUCUAGAUUUAAAAAAAAAAAAAAUCAACCAAAUCAAUAAAUAAGAAUUGAUGAAAAUUGUA